AUGUCGACAGCGAAUCCCGCAGCAGCCACCGCGGCCAACCGCGAAAAGCUAAAGUCCCACAUGGCUCAGUACUCGGGCUCCUCGUACGUGCAAGGCUGGGACGAGCUAUGGAACAAAGGCGACUUCUUACCAUGGGACCGCGGCUCUCCGUCUCCAGCACUGGCUGACACCCUCUUGAACCACGCCAAAGUCAUUGGUGGACCGUUUCUGGAUGGACGGCGGAAACGUGCAUUAGUACCCGGUUGUGGGCGGGGUGUCGAUGUAUUGCUGCUUGCGAGUUUUGGAUACGAUGUUGUAGGCCUGGAAUAUGCUGAAAAGGCGCUGGCCGCAUGCGAGGAAUACGUCAAUAAGCAUAAGGGGAGCUAUCCUGUGAAGGACGUGAAGAUGGGGCAAGGUGAGAUGAAAUUCGUGCAGGGAGAUUUUUACAAAGACGAGUGGUUCAGCAAGGUAGGGUGGGAAGGUUGGGAUGGAAAGUUCGAUUUGAUCUACGAUUACACCUUUUUCUGUGCAAUGCACCCGUCCAUGCGAAAAGACUGGGCGAAACGCAUGACCGAGCUGCUCCGAGCUUCCCCUCAGGCAAACCUCGUCUGUCUCGAAUUCCCAAUCUCCAAGCCUGCUAAGUCAGGUGGGCCACCUUUCAGUGUGCCUCCAAAGACGUAUCUCGAGCAUCUCAGUCACCCGGGUGAAGAGAUUGCAUAUGAUUCAGAGGGCAAUGUCAAGAUGAAUCCCUUAGUCGAGUCGAGUCCGAACGCUUUUGAGAGGGUGGGUCACUGGCAUCCUGCUGAUACCCAUCAGGUGGGAAAGGAUAAGGAUGGGAAUGUCGAAGAUUACAUCUCGGUCUGGAGACAUCGUUGA